AUGGAACUGUAAGUAUCUAUGAGUGUCUCAUACAGUUAUUUUGACUAGAAAAGUCCAAUGCGUGAACCCCAAGAUAGGGUAUAGUUAUUAGUCUCUCUUGCUUUAUAGGCGAGACUCUAAAAAUGCAAGCGUUUUAUUGCUUUUUUUUUUUUCGUAUGUGCGCGUCAUAAGGAGGUCAUGCUCCCUAGCGUUGCUGGCAGAGACCGUGGAAGCUGGGGCUAACAAUCACGACGUGUCGGACUUAAUUGAAUGCAAAUGAGUCUUGUGAUGAGCAUGCGUGGUUUAUUUUCGGCGAUUAUUGAAAUGACGCGCCAUGUUCAUCACGUUUUUGCUUUCUGGCAAUGACGGAAAUUUCUCUCUAAUCGAGGCCCUUGACUUUCGUGUAUGUAUACGCGCGUACUCAAUCAAUUCAGGAACAGGUCGUCGAAUAUAUGCGAUAUAAAAGGUAAAUAUCCUCAAGAAUACUCGACCAUCGAUAAAGUAGGAGGUGAAAGACUUUUAGCGAGAAAAGCCUGUUUCCUGUAGAAUUGAUCGCCUCCUCAUUUCUUAUCUAAUCUCCAAGCAAGCGAGGCUUAACACUUUUUGCGUUCUUGUUUUGUCUUGAUUGCUACCUGCCACUGCAUCACGGUAUCCUAAGAAAUGAAAGUAAAUCAACGACUACCAAGGUAACGUGUACAGAGUGAGGAUAAUAGCACUAUAUGAUACCUGGAGAAUUUCUGACAUAAAAUCCCUACAGAUAUUUAUUUAAGGCGAUAACAUAUCACGACAUCUACUGAAGAGUUCGAUGACAAGGUAUAUCGGAGCACCUAAAUUUUCAAACCAGUUUUUCUAAGCAAACCUGUCAUUCGAUACUGUCUGACCGUCUGAAGCCCUUUGUUCCUGGCCUGAGAAAGUUUGUUUAUUAAAAAUCAUGAACCUUUCUAGGUCUGUCGGAUCAAAGAAGGCAAAAAGCUCAAGAAUUUAUUAAUCAGUUUAUUUUGUGCUUUGCGAAUACUUUAAAUUUUUACGAAUAAUUAGCAGGAGAACCGAGAAAGGAAAAAGAAAGAAAUUUAUGAUAUUUCUGGAAGUUAAGAUUGAUCGAAAAAAUCUCUGGCAUUUGUUUUUGUUGCUUCUACAACAUUAGUGACACCACACAGCAUUACCCUCACCGUCCGUCAAAACCUAGUGUUUUUUUUAUCUUCUCUGCGGCAUCAAAGGAGAACAAUACAAAACCUCAGAGCAGGACUCCCCUGAGAUAUAAAUUAGUAUGGGCCGCGAAAAGGGAAUUAGAUUUUUUUCAUUUUGUGCUAACAUCAUGUGUGAAUUUUUAAGACGGACCCACAAAAGCCAGGCAUCCAAUAAUAAAGGAUUAAAUUAACUGCAAAAACCGUGUACGAAAAUUCUGCUAGUUGUAAAAGUUGGAUCUCUAGAAAAGAGAUCUAACCAGCCAAAAUAUAAAAAACCAAAAACGAGAAGUCCAAAGUCUACUGCAAAGCUGAUUCAGAACAACGUGUAUUGUUUUUUCAUAAAAAUAUUUCCGCUGGCCAUACCAGCCUUCUUCAGCCAGUUUGCAGAUGUUACUGAACUUAUGUAGGAAUCACGUAUUAUAUCAAUAAAUUAAAUUAAAUUAUAAAUUAUAUAAUAUUGUGAUUCCUACAUAAGUUCAGUAACAUUUGUAAACCUGAAGAAGGCUGGUAUGGCCAGCCCAAACAUUGUUAUGAAAAAACAAUACACGUUGUUCUGAAUUAGCUUUGCAGUAGUCUUUGGACUUCUCGUUUUUAGCCAUCCAAUAGCCUGUGUACAGCUGCCCCCUCCUCUCAGAAAAAAAUCGAAGAAGGGGCCCCUUCUCCGAUUUUUUUUCUGAGGGGAGGUGGCGGCUGUACACAGGCUAGCUGCCCGCUAGCAUCUAACACGUUAGUCUUUUUUAUUGCUUUAUCUUUGGAAAAGAGAGGAACAAUAUCAGCCUAGUCCCCAGGCGUUCUCUGUUCCGUCAAACAUGGACCCUAGGUGACGUCACUGAAAGUGAUUAGCACAGACCCUUCCCAGACUUUGUUCGGACAACGAUGCAAGAUAGAAUGCCUGGGGACUAGGCUGGGGCGGAAUUACUGAGCAUUAGAUCCCAUCGGCCUGAACCCUUGGACACCAUAUGAAUUUUACACAACGUAGUAUUCUUUAUUGCUUUCACACUACACUUAGAUGAAAUUUCUAAGUCUCGUAAAAUUUCUGCUCAGCAAAUGUUCUUGAAAGUGUUAAGUCUCUUCAACUUUUAAGGAAGAAAAAGAACAGAAGAGCGUGUGCAAAUAUCGAAUUCCGGAAGGUGGUGACCGUAGUUCAUUACCUAUGCCACUACGCCACUGAGGAUUGGCUGGCCAGAGUUGGUUUGAUUUGAAGCUAUAUAGCAACAACCCUAACCCUAAAUAGAAGCUAACCGUUUCGAGACAGUGCUUAACCCUAAAUAAUAAUUUCAGUGCUUAACCCUAAUCAGUAGUAUCACGUGCUUUUAUGGCGAGCGGACGGGUAUUUUUCACUGGGUGAGCUCCGUUAUAUGUAAAGUCUUUUCUUAUUGCAUUUCUUCGAUUGCAUUUUUGUCUUAGUUUAAACAUUUACAGAGUCCUUUCGCUUUUUUAGCCUAACUAUGAUUAAUACGAUUACCUAAUAAUUUUAAGAUUUACUGUAGUUCUGUCAUUGAUUUUUGCAUUUGUAAUUAUGAUAAUAGUUUGUAUAAUAAAAUAACUGAGGGAGCCCAUUCCUUAUAAGCCCGGUGGCUCCCCUUUGGCUUCCUCGCCAUUAGCGUUUUAAAUAAUUAGAUUUUCUUGCUCUUGUACAACUUAUGGCAAAACAACAAACUAAAAGUGAACUUGAAACAGUAUAGACCUUUGUCACGCGGCGGCCAUUCUGUCUCAGGAGAUUUAGAAAGCCUUGUUUAUGCUAGCCUGCGAACGGCAGACGUUUCUCAUCGUUCAUCGCCGCUGUGGGACUUUUCGCGAGGAGGAAUGUCUGCGACUCAGCGACAAAAAUUCCAUACUGAUGACGUAACUCAAUGUUUACUUAAUAAAUCCGGUCGUCACGGGGUUCCAAAUGCAAAUUUGUUCAAUUUUACGUUUCUCCUGAUCGAUUUUGGAAAAGUGUUGUGCUCAUCUGAAUCGAAUGAGCUCCAGCAAAACUCAAAUUCUUCUUCUAGAGAAGACUAUAAUCCACAAAUAUGGACUGUUUUGUUAGAAAUUCAUCGCGUUUACAUUUGACCUUUGCCGCCUUUUUUUUUUUGUCUGUCACUCGUAAACAAUAGCUAGAACAAUGAAACUACUCCGUCGACCAAUUAGCGCUUCUGACCGGAUUCCGGACAGAUUUUGCGUCAUCAGUAUGGAAUUUCUGUCGCUGAGUCACAGACGUUCCUCCUCGAGAAACGGUCCUCAGCGGCGAUGAGCGAGGAGAAACGUCUGCCGUUCGCAGGCUAUGUUUAUGCAUGGCUAGCCUCGUUCUCUCUACAAGGCUAGCCGUGCAUAAACAAAGCUUUUUAAAUCUCCUGAGACAAAAUGGCCGCAGCGUGACAAAGGUCCAUUGCUUAACCCUCCUCGUUAUGUUGUUUUUUCGGCUUUAUUCUCUUAGGGAGCUUGAUGUGCACAACGAAGAUGAAGUUCUGCUAACAAGUCUUUUUCUCGUCUCCCAAUAUCUUCGCAACACAAAUCGGGUUCCAAAUGCUAUCGAGAUGUGUAAAGAUGUUUUGUUUCUUCUCGAGCAUAAGACACUAGGAAAUAUAGACCAAACGUGUGUCAAACGUUUUGAGAAUGUUCACUGUCACCCAAUAAAACGCGGCACAAAACGUCUCUUCACUUUCCGACAAGUUUUCGCGAGAAAAGUGGAACUAAGGACAACCUGUACACUGGCAGAAUUAUACCAAAGUCAACGUAAAUACAGUGAAGCAGAAGGCCUUUACUUAAAAGCAAUACACAUCGCAGAGAAAAUUGGCGACAGGAAAAUAGAAGCCACAAGCUAUGUAAACCUAGCAAAUAUCUUCUAUUCUCUUGGUGAAUAUGUCAAGGCUAUAGAACAUUGCGAAAAAGCACUAGCAAUCGCAGAGAAAACUAGAGACAGGGAAAUAGAAGCCACAAUCUUUGAAACCCUAGGAGGUAUCUUUUUUACAUUUCCUGACUAUGUCAAGGCUAAAGAACAUUGGGAAAAAGCGCUUGCAAUCGCAGAGAAAAUUGGCAACGGGAAAAUAGUAACCAGAAGCUAUCGAAAACUAGGAGUUAUGUUUUUUUAUCUUGGUGAACAUGUCAAGGCUAAAGAACAUUGCGAAAAAGCAGUAGCAAUCGCAGAGAAAACUGGCGACAGGAAAAUAGAAGCCACAAGCUAUGAAAACCUAGGAGGUGUCUUUACUUCACUUGGUGAAUAUGUCAAGGCUAAAGAACAUUGGGAAAAAGCGCUUGCAAUCGCAGAGAAAAUUGGCGACGGGAAAAUAGUAGCCAGAAGCUAUGGAAACCUAGGAGUUAUGUUUCUUUUUCUUGGUGAACAUGUCAAGGCUAAAGAACAUUGCGAAAAAGCAGUAGCAAUCGCAGAGAAAACUGGCGACAGGAAAAUAGAAGCCACAAGCUAUGAAAACCUAGGAGGUAUCUUUAAUUCUCUUGGUGAACAUGUCAAGGCUAAAGAACAUUACGAGAAAGCAAUAGCAAUCGCAAAGAAAAUUGGCGACAGGAAAACAGAAGCCACAAGCUAUCAAAGCCUAGGACGCACCUUUAAUAAUCUUGGUGAAUAUGUCAAGGCUAAAGAACUUUACGAAAAAGCACUAGCAAUCGCAGAGAAAACUGGCGACAGGACAAUAGAAGCCACAAGCUAUCAAGGCCUAGGAAGUAUCUUUAAUUCUCUUGGUGAACAUGUCAAGGCUAAAGAACAUUGCGAAAAAGCACUAGCAAUCGCAGAGAAAAUUGGCGACCGGAAAACAGAAGCCACAAGCUAUGAAAAACUUGGAGGUAUCUUUACUUCACUUGGUGAAUAUGUCAAGGCCAAAGAACACUGCAAAAAAGCAAUUGCAAUCGCAGAGAAAACUGGCGACAGGGAAACAGAAGCCAGAAGCUAUCGAAACCUAGGACAGAUCUUUUAUUCUCUCGGUGAAUAUGUCAAGGCUAAAGAACAUUUCGAAAAAGCACUUGCAAUCGCAGAGAAAAUUGGCGUGGGGCGAAUAGAAGCCCUUUGCUAUGGAAGCUUGGGAUUUAUCUUUUUCUCUCUCGGUGAAUAUGCCAAGGCUAAAGAAUGCAUCGAAAAAAACUUGGUAUUGAAAAGAAAGUAUGGGGAUAGCGAAGACGAGUCAAUUUGUCGCUUACUUCUCUCACAUCUUAUGUUAAAAGAAGGCAACAUAUCUGAAAGUAAAUCAAACGCCUUUGUCAGUUUUAAUAAGGUAGAAGAUAUUCGACGUCUCCAAGUACAUGAUAAAUUCAAGAUAUUGUAUUUUGAUCGAAUGUUUAAUAAUUACCGUAAAUUCAGUCAAUUUCUUUGUGAUGAAGGCUUUCCUCAUGAAGCUCUUUACACGGAAGAAUUUAGACGAGCGAGGGCCCUUAAAGACUUAAUGGCAGCUCGGUACUCUGUAGAAAACGAAAUACCAGUCAGUCCACAAACAUGGGAUUAUAUUGAAAGUAUCGUCAAGAAAGAAUGCAACUGUGCUUGUCUUUACAUAUCAUACUACGAACAAUCGAUAAAUUUCUGGGUUGUUAAAGCAGACAACCCUUUAAUUUUCCAGCAAAUAAAAGUAAAUGAUGUUUUUGGAUCAGUAAUCAGAGUAGCUGACUUACUUUGUCGCGGAAUUUACAGAGAGGUUCUUUGCUCAGCUCCUGAACAGUGCGAGGAUCGAUCCUGGCUUCCCUCAAACGCUUACUGGGAGCAGGGGUGUGAACGCCCAAUUUUAGAAGAAGAUGAAGUUGAGAACCAGCCACCCGUGUGUACUGCUGCUGAUGUCUACAAAAUGAUCAUUGCUCCUGUAGCCGACUAUCUUGAUAAGCCUGAAAUCAUCAUUCUUCCUGAUCGCCACCUUUACAAAGUUCCAUUUGCAGCGCUAGAAGACGAAAGUGGAAAGUGUUUAUCAGAGUCUUUCAGGAUCCGCAUCGUUCCCUCUUUGACAACUCUAAAGCUUAUUCAGGACAGUCCAGCAGACUAUCACAGUCAGAGUGGUGUGCUGAUAGUGGGGGACCCUGCUGUUGGUGACGUGUUGUACAAGGGAAUUCUUCAGCAUGUAUCGAGGCUGCCUUUUGCAAAUAAAGAAGCAGAGAUGAUUGGAAAACUGUUCGGUACUCAACCCCUGCUAGGAAAACAUGCCACAAAGCAGGCGGUCCUUCAAAACAUUCAUUCUGUGUCUCUGAUACAUUUUGCUUGUCACGGUAAUGCCGAAAGAGGUGAAAUUGUUCUUGCCCCUCCACCCCUCACUGAUGGGACACCUCAAGAAGAAGACUACUUAUUGACUAUGGAGAAAAUUUCGGAAGUUAAACUGCGAGCCAAACUGGUGGUCCUUAGCUGCUGUCACAGUGCAAAAGGACAAAUCGGUGCCGAGGGAGUUGUUGGAAUUGCUCGUGCGUUUUUAGGAUCUGGUGCACGCUCAGUGUUGGCGGCACUGUGGGCCAUAGACGACGAAGCAACAGAACAUUUCAUGACUCAUUUCUACGAGAACCUUGUUCAUGGGGAAAGCGCCAGUGAAUCCCUUCAACAGGCCAUGAAGUGUAUGAGAGAAAACGGUUUCUCCGAGAUUUCGCAGUGGGCGCCAUUUAUGCUUAUUGGAGACAACGUC